AUGCUCUUACAUUCCCUCAGAACUGCCUCCGAAGACGUGAGUUCCCAGCUGAGUCGUGCGGUGGAUUCGGCGACGGCGCUGCGCAACCAGCUGGACAAUCAGAUGUUGCGUCUGAGAGGCUUUAAUGUUUUUGCCGAAUUCAGGGAAACAACGGCCGAGCAGCGCGGUCUCAUUGUUGACGUUUUCGACCGCGUGUCCCAACUCCAGUCACUCGUCAUGGGAGAAUUCACGUGGUUUUAUUCUGUUGUCUUUUACGUGAGUGGUGUCCUCGUAACACUCGUAGCCACCUGCACACCGAGGACCGUGAGUGCUCGUCUGCCUCUCCUCACUAUCCUCGCCUUUUCCCUCACUUUGGAACGAGCGGUGACGGCCUGGAUCCUCGCGAACACACACGUCGACUCGUUCCAGAUCGAAGUCCACACGGCGGUAUGGGCUAUUCGACGAGGCUGUGUGGGUGUGUGUUUCCUCUCUCUCAUCCGCGCUGUGCUCUCCUACAGAGACCCCGUUGCUGUCACAGCUGCGCGUUUGGAAGAACUCGCGUCAGCAACGAGCGAAAUCAAGAAACUGAUGAAUAAUACUCCAGCAGGUGCCUUGGAGCUCACCAGCACAACACUAGCCAGUCUCUCUCAAGUCCUGAAUGAUAGUGCUUCUUCUGACGACACGUAUGAGCCUAGUGAUCCCUCGGAUAUCGAAGACCAGUUGCUUGAUGAUUAUGAUUUCGAGAAGGAUUCGGGAAAUAGGUCGAGCUCAAGGUACUCCCUGAGGAGGCGACAGAACGACACGAAAGUCCAGAACCCGGUGGUGAGCAUGGAGAGUCCAGAGGCCUUCGGCAGGACAGUCCGCCGCAUGGAGAAUAUUUCCAUGCACCGGUCGCGAGCCCAGGUCCGGCGUCUGUCCAAGAGCACGCAGAAGGCUAGCGUGACGAAGAUUUCAGACCUCUCUUUUGGCCACUUCGCAGACAGGACGAAAGAUUCUGGGAUCGAGUCUCUGUCUGGUUAGAUUAUUGUGGAUUUUUUUCUCUCCUUCAAGAAGCUCGAGUUGCUAGUUGAGUGAUUUCCUUUUUUAAUGUCUAUAAAACGAUACUUUCGUAGUUUUUAAAGUUUUUAAAGAUAUUGUUAGCUAUGCUGUCUAAUGUACAAACAUCUAUCAGUAACAAUUUAUUCUGAUGAUUAUUAGGGUCAGCGGUCACGUGAUCAACUACAGUUUUGUUACAUGCAACUACAAAAUUGUAUCAUGUAAUCCAAAGUAAGUGGAUAGGCUUAUUUACUUAUUUAAUUUACAUAGCUUUUUUUUAGCAUAUCAAUAACGAUUUGUCUCGGGGUGCUGAUAAUACUUAUUAAAUAUCUUACUGUAAACGGCAAUUUUUUUUCUUACUUGGAGCCAAGAUAUUAAAUCAAGCAUAGCUAUUUUUUAAUAUUAAUUUUAAAUUUCUGCCCUACGGUAAAUUUUCUUAAUGUAUGUAUAUAUCUUCAUUAAUGUAAUCAUAUACGAGGUUUUACACUUGUUAAGUGCUAAUAAAGAGUACAUAUGAAGAUUGAUAAGGUUGACUGU